AUGGCCACCCAAAAUCCGCCUGCAAAGCGCACUAAGCGCGAAGAGUACCGUCGCAAUGUACAGGCCCAGCAGGAAUCCACCGACGGCUCCGUCAUCAAGAUGCCGCAGAAGAAAUUCUUCCGCCAGCGCGCGCAUGCGAAUCCAUUCUCUGACCACCGGCUGGAAUAUCCCAUCAGCCCCGCGCAUAUGGACUGGUCAUCCCAUUUCCCUGCAUUCGUCGAUCCAGAUACAUCCAAAACGAACCUCAGCGGAGGGCGGAAGUUGACCAAGGAGGUCGAAGUCGUGGAUAUCGGAUGUGGAUUCGGCGGGCUGAUCGUUGGCCUGGCGCCAUUGAUGCCAGAUACCUUGAUGGUCGGCAUGGAAAUCCGCACCUCAGUGCUGGAAUACGUCACCUCUCGCAUCCACGCCCUGCGCAGCCAACAACAACGCCUAAAAAACAAAGCCGCGAACCCAUCAUCAACCGAACCCCAAGACGCCUCAACACAACCCGAAAGCACCGAAUCAGCCCCACCCCCAACUCCAGCCAACGACGAUGAAAUCGGCACGGAGAAAAUCUUUCCAGGAAACUUCGAAAACAUCGCCGCAAUCCGCAGCAACACAAUGAAGUUCCUCCCCAACUUCUUCGGCCACCACCAACUCUCCAAGAUUUUCAUCUGCUUCCCGGACCCGCACUUCAAGGCCCGUAAGCACAAGGCCCGUAUUAUCUCCGAGUCUCUAAAUGCCGAGUAUGCAUUUGUCCUGCGGCCUGGCGGUCUGCUGUACACCAUUACCGAUGUCGAGGAGUAUCACCACUGGGUCCUGCGGCAUUUCCUGAAUAAUGAGCAGCAGGAGGGUGAACCGGCCCCUGCUCCGAGCAGUAAGGAUCUGUUUGAGCGGGUUUCUGAUGAGGAGCUUGCUCUUGAUCCUUGUGUGCGGGUUAUGAAAUUUGAGACGGAGGAGUCGAAGAAAGUUACGAGAAAUAAGGGAAACAAGUAUGUUGCUGUUUUCAGGCGCAAGGCUGAUCCUGAGUGGCCUGUUUGA